UUACAGUAUUUUUUGAUUGAAUAAAUGCAGCUUUGAUGAGAGUAAAACAUAAAAAAAAAAACUUUUCCGACCUCAAAAUUUUGCACGACGCUAUAAGGAUUUUAAACUUAUAUCUUGAUUUUGAUUUGUAAUCUCACAAACUGUAAUUGCUAAAUCAAAUGAGUGGUGCAGGUUAUUUCUAGAGGAGGUAACGGUACCGUCUCUCGCCCGUGUGGAAAGCUCCGGCAAACUCUUGUAAGUGGAGUUGGGCAGUUCACAUCAGUUCACAAGAGUAAUUUGGUCACUUUCACACCCCUAAUAACCCAGUAACUCCAUCAGCACCCUUUCUGUCUAAUUAUCAGUGCUCUGUAAGACCGCGCAGUGAGAUAUGGAUACGCUUUUACGCACUUGAAACGAAGACUGUCACUUAUUUUAGCUUUUACAGGUACGUGCAGUUGGACUCUGAACUGGUUUUUGCGCGGAAAAUUUUCAUGGUUGUGCGCAAUGCAUUAGCCUAUUCAUAAAGUUAGUAAAAGAAACAACUAAUUAAUUGUUUUUUAAUUACUUAUAACCCAACCUACAUGUUCAAACUAGUUGCUCAGUGAUUCAAGGUUCAGUUUGCACCAACUCGAAGAGCGCAGCACAUCCCUGUUCCUCUUCAGCAGGAUGGAUCAGAUUCAUUUUGGGUGGGCACUUUCUGCCCCUCCUCUGCAAACUGACGAAAUCAUGGGUGGACAUGGAAUUUGAACUUGCUGCUGGCUCAUGUCUCCAGUCUUUUCGUGGGCACCAGGGGAAGAAAGAGCACCUAAGUCUGCUGCUGGGUUUUGGAGCAUCAGAAAUAUUUGCACCUUUUGUGAAGGAUUGCAUUUUGAGAAUCAGGAAUAGCCAAGAGUGUCUAUAGGAAAAGAACUGAGAUGUUAUUGGACGUGAAGCACAUUCUCUGGUUGGUCUGUGUCUGCAGCGCUGCUGUAACCAAAGAUGACUCUGCCCGUAGGAUGAAGGUGGAGAGGAGUUCUCCAGUGCAAGGGUCGCUAGCGGAGCAGGUGGUCCUGCCCUGCCAUUUCUCCAUCCUCCCACCUCCUACCGGCAGCUCCAGCACCUCCACCACUGCAGCUGCGGCCACAGCAUCCAGCACCCACCCGGACCAUCUCCGGAUCAAGUGGACUAAACUCGUGGGUGAUGAGGAAACCGUAGUGAUAGUGACCCAGAAUGGGUUCCUCAAGAUUGGGCCGGAGUUUAAAGGCAGGGUAUCAGUUCCCAGCCACCCUGAGGACAAAGGCGAUGCGUCUCUGUCCAUAGCGAGACUCAGGGCCAGUGAUGCGGGCAUUUACCGCUGUGAGGUCAUGCACGGCAUUGAAGACACUCAAGAGUCCGUCUCCCUGAACGUCAAUGGUGUUGUGUUUCAUUACCGUGCCAACACCAGUCGCUACACUCUAGAUUUGGAGCACGCCAAGCAGGCCUGCACUGAUGUGGACGCGACCAUUGCCACUGCCGAGCAGCUUUAUUCAGCCUUCGAGGACGGAUUUGACCAGUGCGAUGCCGGAUGGCUGGCUGACCAAACCGUCAGAUACCCCAUAACAAUGCCACGUGAAGGUUGUCAUGGCGAUAUGAUAAUGAGGCCAGGAGUCAGAUCAUACGGACUCAGAAAUUCCCAUGAAACGUAUGAUGUGUACUGCUAUGUAGGAAAACUACAGGGUGAGGUGUUUUUCGCUGAUGAUAAGAUGACUCUAGAUGAGGCCAGGGAGGCAUGCGAGAGACGGGAUGCAGUUUUAGCAUCUCCAGGUCACCUGCAUGCAGCCUGGAGGGCCGGCAUGGACCGCUGCGACUUCGGCUGGCUGUCUGAUGGCAGCGCCCGCUACCCCAUCUCUGUACCCAGAAUGCAGUGCGGCAAAGGACAGCUGGGUGUGAGGACUAUGUACCGCUUCCUCAACCAGACUGGAUUUCCUUUACAGAGUGAGAAGCUGGGAGCUUUCUGUUUCAAAGGAUGGGAUCCCACAACUGUACCCACAGCUGGACCUACAACACCUCCAGUUCUCUCAGACACCCAUCAAAUCUCUUCCCUUAAAGCAGUCUUUUCUUUGGCAGCCCAUGGCACCACAGAAGAGCCACCAUCCAUGUUCUCUGCAAGAAUGGCUCCACGUGACAGAGGCUCGCCUGAAGCAUAUCCCUAUGCUAAAUCUAUUGUUGUUGUACCAACUGAAGCUAAGACAAUUUCUGAUAUGGAAACCACAACCACAUUUAAUGACUAUGACAGCUCUUUGGACAAAGACAGCUCCUUGGUGCAAGGGGUACCCCAUGAUGGUACGCCCCAUUAUUUAGAUUCCUUCUUCUCUAUCCAGCAACCCCGUCAGCCCAACGUAGAGAAGAUGCAUCCUGGAUGGACUACUACACACGGGGAAUCCAGUGGUGCGGAGGGUAGCAGCAGCACUGACACGGAUACUCCUGAGAAUGUGAUUCCUGCUUCACCUGUGUUUGUUAUAGACUUGAAAGGAGAUCCAGACAAGCCACAAAUUGUGUACAAAGAGAAUGAAACCAUAGCAAACAUGACUGAAAAAAGUCUGGAUUUGGCUGAGUCCACUUUGAAAAGCUCACAUUUAUUUGAAGAGAACUUGCAAGGCCAGCAGAAUGAAACCACAAAGGACGUCGACUUUCCAAUGGGCAUCAAUUUGUUCAUAUACAACAUUACGCGGAGAAAUCAAUCAGAUGAUACCGUUGAUACUGCGGGAGUUGAUGCUAUUCUGAAAUUCCUUGGAGAACCAGGGCUCUUUAAUCUAACAUCUGUUAAAAGUGAACCACCUUUGGGCAGUGGAGACCUUACAGGUGAAACAUAUCCAUCUGCUUCUGUUACCAUCACCCCAAAAGUGAGUUUCAUUAACGGAAAACACGAGCUGACUCUGAAACCGGACACUGACCGAACUCAGGAGGCUAGAGGAGACCAAUUUGACACUGCUAUCCCACCACCAGAAGAAAACAUCCCUGAUGAUGCAAUGUUUACGGAGGUGGCUGAAGGCACCACAUCUUCGCCUGAGACAGAUGAAUCUGGAUCCACGUCCAGAAGCCCAAUUGAGCCCCAUUUCACAACAAAGAGCCUGGAAAGUAUAACCACGACAGAGUUGCCCACAUUUGCAACCAAAUCCUCAAGCCAGAAGAUGACCCCACAAGCCAUAUCAUUUAGCAUGCACGAAGAAGGUUCAGGGAUGCACACAACAGAUGAUGAAGAGGAACUGACCCCCUUUGAAGGUUCUGCAGAUGACACACUUCCAACAACUAAUGGCCCAUAUGUGGUGGCUACCGACGAAACUGAACUAGCUGAAACAGAGAAGACUACACUGGCAUUUGGGGUGGACUGCAGUACCAAAGGACCAAUUGUUACAACUCCAGAAUCCAGCACUGUAGAAAUAAAGAGAACAGAGAACAGAGAAAUGAAACCAGAAACAGAAGAUUUUGAGGGCUCAACCUCCACUGAAGAUGAGGGCUCGGGUCAAGAUACAGAUACAGCAGAAGAAUCAAAACAACCAACUCUAUCUCCAUCUUUCACUGUUUCAUCUCAAAGCUUUACACUUUCCUUAACAACUACUCAUCACAAAGAGUCUAAGCAACCUGUUAGUUUAGCUUUGCCCAGUACAGAUCCUACGAUUCAGGUGGUUUCAACUUUUCAAACAGAGGCAAUCCCAAAAGAAAGCACUCCUUACAUUACACACUCUGAGAAAGACCAAAACAGAAGUACAACUAAGAGUCCUUUAUUGGUGCCCGAGAUUGAAAAAGACGUAAUUACAAUCUUCACCAUCUCUGAAGACAUCGGCUCUGGUGAUCAGCCAACUGAAGCAUUCUCAAAACAACCUUUCACUGCCACUACUGUUCCAUCCCUUCUCAUUAAACAAACUGAAGAAACGAGUGUUGAUGCACAUGAUGAAACAACUGAAGUAUUUGAGGGUUCUGCAGAAGACGCAACACCACUGACUUUCACUAGUGUCCAAACUCAAACAAAAUUCACAACCCAAAGUUCAGAGACCACCCUUCUGCCCACUGAUAGUCUUAGAGCAGUAAUGUCUUCCUCCCAAGAAACUGUUCUAAUCCAAAAAUCACCAUCAGAAGAGACAACCACCUCAGUACAGUCAUCAGAAACUUCAGGCUCCCAAGAAACCGUUCUAAUCCAAAUAUCACCAUCAGAAGAGACAACCACCUCAGUGGAAUCAUCCGAGACUUCAGGCUCCCAAGAAACCGUUCUAAUCCAAAUAUCACAAUCAGAAGAGACAACCACCUCAGUGGAAUCAUCCGAGACUUCAGGCUCCCAAGAAACCGUUCUAAUCCAAAUAUCACCAUCAGAAGAGACGACCACCUCAGUGCAGUCAUCAGAGACUUCAGGCUCCCAAGAAACCGUUCUAAUCCAAAUAUCACCAUCAGAAGAGACGACCACCUCAGUGCUGUCAUCAGAGACUUCAGGCUCCCAAGAAACCGUUCUGAUCCAUAAAUCACCAUCAGAAGAGACAACCACCUCAGUGCAGUCAUCAGAGACUUCAGAGGAGACAACGCAAGAAAUAUCACUUUCUACAUUUGGAUUCCCAACGGCGAAGCCUCUCACCUCAUUUACCCAAGUUGCCAGUUAUCCCACCACCAGUGUUGUUACUGACUUAAAUGUGAAAGAGACAGUUCAGGUCUUGGAUAGGGGAACUACUUCUGCUACAGAAGAUGUUUUCACCACCCCCAAAGCCACAAGUACUGUGGUAUUUGAAGAGAAUGUUGUAGAUUAUGAAGAUGUGGUGGGUUCCUCAAUUGUCCAAAGACAACCGCCGUCCAGGGAAGAGUUCACUACAAAAAAAACAGAAGUCUGGACAGAUUCCAGCUACACUGUUGAGAGCCAUAUGGAGGUUUUGCAAGAUCUCACACUUUGCUCUGUCAGUGUGUGUGAAAAUGACGGAACUUGCUAUUCUAAUGGAAAAGGAAACAUAUGUGUCUGCAUGCCUGGAUUCAGUGGGGAACACUGUGAAAAUGAAAUUGACGAAUGCCAGUCAAACCCUUGUCGCAAUGGUGGUACAUGCAUUGACCGGUUAAACGCUUUCAGUUGUGUCUGUCUGCCCAGCUAUUCAGGACCCCUCUGUGAGCAAGAUACAGAGGUUUGUGACUUUGGCUGGCACAAGUUUCAGAGCCACUGCUAUAAGUACUUCACACACCGGCGGACAUGGGAAGCAGCAGAAAGAGCGUGUCGUCUGCAGGGCGGUCAUCUCACCAGUGUCCUGUCCCAUGAAGAGCAGCUCUUUGUUAAUCGUUUGGGGCAUGACUAUCAGUGGAUUGGACUGAAUGAUAAAAUGUUUGACAAUGAUUUCCGCUGGACUGAUGGACACCCCAUGCAAUUUGAGAACUGGAGAGUGGGUCAGCCGGACAGCUUCUUCUCCACGGGCGAGGACUGCGUGGUGAUGAUCUGGCAUGAGAACGGCCAGUGGAACGACGUGCCGUGCAAUUACCACCUGACCUUCACCUGCAAGAAGGGCACAGUGUCCUGCGGUCAGCCUCCUGUCAUAAAGGAUGCCCAUAUCUAUGGCAGCAUGAAGCCGCGCUAUGAGAUCAACUCUCUGGUCAGGUACCACUGCAAGGACGGCUUCAUCCAAAGACACGUUCCCACUAUCAGAUGCCGAGAAGACGGCGACUGGGACAAGCCCAAAAUCACAUGCUUGAAUCCAUCUACCUACCAGAUGUAUGCACACAAAUAUCAAAACAACAACAAUUACAACAACAGGAAGAGACGCUACAGUGAGUCGAUGCAGUACCGUCAUCGCUAGUCAAAAACAGCAGAUGAUUCCACACACUGAUCUCCAUCUCCAGAGCUACAGAUGCUUCACAUCUACAGAGAAAGUCUUUAGUCUAAAGGGCCGAAGCCAAACCAUGUGCCUGAUGAAUGUUUUAGAGCCAAGAAGUGAAUUUCCCUGAGGGACUGCAAAAAAAAAAAAAAAAAAAACAUCACCAACCCACUGAGAGUGUACUUUGACUAUGCACCAGUCUACAUUGCAUAUUGUAAUAAUGUCUUAAUGUUUUGACAUGGGGAGAAGGGUUUCUGGUUGAAAUGUAUAUAGUAGAGAUAAUGAACAAGUAAAAACAGCUGUGAAAGGUGACUCUUAUUAUUAUUAUUUUUUUUUAUUAUUAAUUCGUAACUUUUGCUUACGAAGAACUGAACUUCCUGUUCUCUCUGGCUUAAUAAGAGAGCACUAUGGUAUGAGCAGAAUAUAAACAGAACAGUUACAGUACUCAAGAGUAAAAGAACAAUAGGCAUUAUAUUGUUUCACAUUGUGGUGAGGGGGUUUAAAAGGGAUGUCACGGGGCUGGAGGACAAACAAUGCUGAAAGGACUGCAACUCAUGCCUGGAAAACAAAUCUUCAACAUCGUCUUCCUCUGCAGCAUCCUCACUAGUUGUGAGGAUUACUCAGAUAAUAUCAAACCAUUGUACACUCUCAUAAUCAUAUUCUCAUAUGGCAUCAAAAUACAUAUUUUCUGUUUUUUUUUUUUUUUUUUUUUUUAAAUAUGUGGGUUUGUAAUAUAACCAUGUUUACUUUUUUAAAUGAAUGUCAUGGUCAAAUAUGAAAAUAUGCAUACUGUUGAUGAUGUGUAAUGUGUGGUUGAAUGAACUAGCAUUUUUGUCAAAUAUUAUUACAAAUGUUACAUGAAGCCAUAGUAGUUAAUUUAUUGCCGAAGAUACAUAUAACGAUGAAUGAACUGUGAGAUUUUGAAAAAUAAAGCGCUAUUAGAAUAAAA